AUGCAUACUAUUGAGAACUCUUACUCACUUGUCGGAGACAUCCUAAAGGCAAAAUGUAUGCCGAACGACGUCGUCUCUCUCACUUGUCAGUCGAUUUUCUCUCGUCUCUUAGAUUGUGAAAAACACUACGAUUACGAAUUACUUUCUCUGCAACAAAAUCACUCCUGGCGCCCGCAUUUGGAAUCGCGGUUUCAUUGUUUCUGUGCUGACAAACUGGGAAAGAGGUUUCAAAAUUUUGUGCCGCCAUUGCGAUUUCGUUUCGGUUUCUUGAUAUUGCUCGAAAUUACAGACAAAUGCGACCAUUAUUGCGGUCAAGUUGACGUUGCAGCCAAAAUCGCGAUCGCAUAUUCGUGUGAGGUUGAGUCUAGUAUGAAACGAAGACUGAGAGAAGAAAAUAGAAGACUUGGGCUAUCGAAUGGUGCAUUUGAAAUAGUAGCUAUGUUGUUUCUUGUAUCAGACAAGUAUCCGCGUUAG